GCCGUGUGUUGAGUCUUUUAGUACAAGCACACAGUCAGAGCGAGAGAGGAAAAGGAACCUUGUAAUCUUAAAAUAAACUUGCGAAGUUUUCAAAGAACGGCCUGUUGAGUCUUGGCAUUCGCUACAAUAGAAGUAUUUUUGCGUUUCAGAUUUGGGGGGCUUCUAUACGGAGGGGUUCAUACACGGAGGGGCUUAUCUUCGGAAUUUUACGGUAUGGUGGAAAAGUCUGGACAAGUUGGACUAGAAAUGUGAUGAUUUUAAAGUGGCAAGGGGGAGGGGCCUGGAGGGGCUAAGUUUUAGUCUAUUUUACCAAAAGUGUUCGGGGAUGGGGUAAAGCUAUCUGAGUCUGCCGUACUGCAAGCAAGCGGCUAGUACCAAUCUCACGAUCGAUCAAAAUGGCGGCCGAUUUUAAGACUGCGCAACCUUUAGAAUAUUACAGGCAAUUUCUGAAGGAGGAUGUGAGACCAGAUGGUCGUGCACUUUUGGAAUUCAGGAAAACGAUUCUUAAUGUUGGUUCAAUAUCGACAGCUGAAGGCUCGGCUUUGGUCAAACUUGGAAAUACAACAGUUGUUUGUGGAGUCAAGGCAGAAUUUGCUGUGCCAAGCCAGGAGAAUCCAAAACAUGGAUUUAUUGUUCCCAAUGUAGAUCUCCCUCCUCUUUGUUCGUCACGUUUUCGUCCUGGUCCUCCUAGUGAACAGGCGCAAGUUCUCAGCCAGUUUGUUGCAGAUGUCAUCUCAAACUGUGAACCCAUCAAUCUUGAGGAGUUAUGUAUUGUGGAAGGCAAGUUAUCAUGGGUCCUGUAUGUUGACAUGAUGUGUUUGAGCUAUGACGGAAACAUAACAGAUGCCUGCCUAGUAGCUUCUAUGGCUGCUCUACAAAACACUCAGCUUUAUUCAGUAAAGAUAGAUGAAGAAACACAAACUCCAGUACCAUCUGAAGAGAGAGAAGUUCCACUGAACCUUAAAAAACAUCCAGUUUCUGCCACGUUUGGUGUAUUUGAUGACACAGUACUGUUUGCUGAUCCAACAGAUGAAGAGGAAAACCUAUUGACAGGAGUCGUCACAGUGGUUGUAACAGAUGAUGACAAAAUUGCAGCAGUUCACAAGCCAGGAGGAUCACCUUUACCAGACGACAAGUUACAAGAGUGCUUCAAAAAGGCAGUAAGAAGAGGAAAGGAAGUCAGAGAUCUCACACACACAGCUUGUGUUAAUAUUGAUAGAUGAUUUUACUUUCCAUAGCGAUUUGUGUAAAGAAAAAAAUUAACAAUAUUAUAAUAAACCAUUUGAUUGAUCUUCUCA